UACGACUUUAUGGCCCUGUUGAAUCAGGAUUUUUCAGAAAGGUAAUGCGUCAAGAGCAUUAUCCAUUAUUAGAAGUUAGAGAAGAAAAUCCCUUUGCCGAUUUACCAGAAAAUCUUUAUACUUUAAUUGAAAAUUUAAAUUCUUAUACUUGUGAAUCAAUUAAUUCUAACCAAGUCAACGAUCAAGCCUAUGGACAACAAGAUAUUACUGUUACAGUUAGUUCAAACGAACAAGAAUCUAUUAUGGUUAGUUCAAAUGAAUACCCAAUGGAUAUCGAUAUUGCCAAUGAUAAUCAAGAUUUAAUUUUGUUUGAAAAUCGAAAAAAAGAAAUUUUAAAUUUGUUGGAUGAAACAAAAAAAAUUCUUGAAAAAAAUGUAGCAAAUCCAAACAAAUGGCUUGAUAGUAUAGAAAAAAACUUUGAACCAUUACGAAAAUUAGUGGAGGAUUGUAAACAGUUUGAAAGACAAAACCAUAUUCCAAAUACUUGGAAAAAUC